AUGUCGGACGAAGUAUCCCAGUUCCUCGAGCAGGUCGAGCGCCUGCGCGGGCAGCAGAUUGAAGAUGAGGAGAUGCGAGCCCGAGAGCGGGAGGAGUUUCUUGCCGCGAAACGAGAGCGCCAGGCCAGGAGAGAGGAACGCGCCAGAUCAAUCUCUCCGCAGAAAUCAUCACCAGCCAACACGCCGUCUCCCCGCACACUUCGACGGACCGUCAACCUCUCCGAAUCCCUCAGGCUCGACUCUCCUGCUGGCGAGGCUAUAGAAAAGCUGCGCGAGAGGCCGGCCGAAUCGGAAAAGCCCCUGGGAACGGACGUACCAUCCGAUGCAAUGCUGUACUCCACCUCAGCGACGAAAGAGAACGAGGCCCCUGAGGAUCUCGACGCGAGGCGGGGCGAUGCCGCGACUGGCUCUCGAGCCUCAACACUCGCCUGGCAGCGGCGGACGAAUCGAUCCAACAGCCGCCCGCUGAGCGUUUAUGCGGCCCAGAAUGCUGCCCAGAGCUCGACGAGCAAGCCAUUUGCUGACACUCAGGAGCCCCACGAGCCGCCUUCUCCCACGCAACCUCUUUCCAAGGAUCAAAUCGCCAAGAGCCUUGCGUCAAAGGAUGCAUCGUGGUUCCGCCAAACUGCUGAUCGAGGCGCAGACUCCGCAGCGUAUAGGAAGAACCAGGUUGAAGAUGAUGAUCGACUCGAGAUGUCAAGUCUCAGCUCACAGCUGCCUGGCAUGGCCAGCGAAAAUUCAUCCGAACGCCCUGUUUCGCGGGGUAGUGAGAAUGUCCUCAACAAGCUGUCAGCUCCCUUCACCCUAAACCCACUUGGCUUCGACAAUCCGUCUGCCGAAAAACCUCAAGCGGAACCUGUUGCUUCAACGCCUACUGGCCGGUCUUCCCCAGUACGCACAACCUCUCCAACCAAGGGCAUGGGAGGAUUUGUGCAGAGCGCAAUGAUGAAGAGGAGCGAUAGCGUAAAGCGAUGGUCCGUUGCAAGCCCGCCUGCAUUGACUCGCCCUGAAAACACGAGUACGCAUCGCGGCUCCGUUGAUAGGACCCUGGCCAGACCGCAGAGCAUGUUUAUUCGCGACCCGACAACGACAACGACGACGCCGGGCACAAGCAGAUCAGCUUCUCGGCCGUCGUCUCGUCCAGCCUCUCGGCAUGGGGGAGAAGAAUCCGCAUUUGAGAGACGCCCCAAGACACCGUCAUCGACGAGCCCACCUCCGUUCCAAAAGACUGGGCUUCCUGAUGAUGCAUCCCUCCCAGUCAGUCCCUCCAAGACAAUGGAGCCUAGACGCUGGAGUCCCACGAAAUCGAGUUGGCUUGAGAGCGCGCUCAACAAGCCGGAUUCGCCAAAGUUACCUCCUAAGCCAGCCUCUUCACAACAGCCAGCAUGGAUGGUAGAGCUCAACAAGAACAAGACAGGACGUGGCAAUCCCACUCCGGAACCAGCUCGGCCCUCUCACAAGCACCAAGUUAGUAUCGAUGGGCUUAUGAGGUCCACGCCAAUGGGGUCGAAGCUGAAUCUCAACACGACUGGCCUGGGAGGCAUCUACUCGCCCCCUGGCACGCAAUCUGCGCAUCCAAAUCGUGCAUCGAUGCAGAGCUUUCCUCCAGUGGCGGAACGGCCGAGAUCAAAGUCGAGAGGUGCUUUUGCUGACGCGAGGGAUGAAAUGGAAGCGGCAGCGGAACGGCCAAGAUCUAAAUCGAGGGACGACGUGAGAGAAAAACGAUCAGAAUCUCUCAGCUCAGUGGCCAACCCACUGCCCAACCCACUGCCCAACCGGGCCAAACCUGAAGCUCCACCGAAGAAGGACUUGGAUUUCCGCUCCAAUCUGAGGCCGCGAGCCGCCGAGGCCCCGGUGUCGAAGACGCAUGAACCAGAGUUCAAGGCUGUCUUUGGCACUCUCCGUAGGACUAAAACGCAAAAUUUCAAGGCGCCAGACGAGCUAAAGGACAACAUUCUCCGGGGCAAGGCGGCUCUCAACGCGACUGACGGCCCACAGAAGUCUACGAUUCGGGACGAUUUCAAGGACGCUAUACAGAAAAAGAGAGACGAUUUUAAAAAGGCCCAAUCCGAAGGAAAGGGGACCGCCACCAACACGAUUACGAAGCCCAAGCCUCUUCUCCCCGAAGCGCUCGCCCUCAGGGCUGAGCUGGGUAAGCCGACAGGCGGGCUCCAGCAAAAUGCCCCCUCGGAGACGCGAACUCCAUCCGGUCAGUCGAUGAAGCCCGAUUCACCAAAACCAACUCCUCCACAGAGAAAGUCAAGUCAAGUGAACUUGGCUAGGCAGCCUAGCCCAUCAUUGACUCCCACGAAGGACCCCUUAACUGAGAGACCCAGGCUAGACGAUGCGGAAACCGAGACGCCAACGAAGAUCGAACCCUCACCUAACUCCCCCGGACUUUUGAAGAAGAAGAGCGCCCCAUCCAAGCUUGGCGGCCUGGCCGGACGAUUCAACCCUGCGCUUGCCGGCAUGCUGGCAAGAGGACCGCCUCCCCCAGCUCUCAAUGGCGGUAACCGAGCCGAACAGUCAGGAUCAGCAGGCGGAGAUGCCCAGCCUUCACAACCAGGUCCUCAGUUAACGCACAUGACUAAGGGUCGCGCGCGUGGUCCCAAGAGAAAGGCCCCUUCUAAUGUGAGCAACACUACUACCACCUCCACCAAUGUCCAGACAGAAUCGCCUUUUGCGAGCCGGCAACCCGCCACUGUUGGGAAGCAGAGCAUUCCUACACCCUUUGAAGCGAAGAAGCCCAUGCCACUGCCAGCCCAAGAUCGAGUGGCUACAAAACCUGAUGUACCAAGCAAGCCAAGACCAGUCGAGCCGAAGAAGAUGGAAGUUGAGAGCCGACCUGCGGAACAUGUGGCCCCCUUGAACUUCCGCAGACGUAUGACGCAACCCGAGAUCCCAGUCCAGGAUAUAUCGACGCAGCCCGAGGCAGAGUCGCCCAAGAAGCUCGACAUGAAGCGCGUGUCGCAAUUCUUUGAGCAAGGCAACAAUACGGCGGCACCUGAACCUCCCAAGCAGCCAAAGAAGCUUUCACCUCAGAAGACUGGCACAUGGGAGCCGGCCAAGGCCGCUACCCCUGUGUCUGAGCCUGCCAAGGAGCCAAUCAAGUUGACUCAACAGAAGACUGGCGGCGGAUGGUCCCCAGCAAAGAAGACUGAGCGUUCGCUGCCCGAUCCUCGGUCGUCUACACCAAACCUUUUUGGAGAGACAAAGCCCACGGUUGCCAAACCUCUUGCGCCAGAGCCAGUCUCUGCUGCUGUGAAGGCCCCAUUACCAGGCCCCAAGCCAUCGGCUUUCAACAUGCCACCAAAGGAGAUUGAGACUCGUCAGCUGCCUCAGCUACAAGCUGAACCGGUACCGCCGUCACCUGCACGACCGCAAACGGCCCACGGUAGCGAUGUAUCAGCCAUACUCCAUGACUUCUUUGCUCCUCCGUAUAAGCGAAUUCCGUGCGAUAUGGAUCCCGCCGAUGUUCUCACAAACUAUCCAAAAUUCGGUGCAAAGAUCAAGACUUUGUCAUUCCACAUGUUCCAGAUUGAUGGCACCGGCAAACAGAUCAUUGUCCCCGCUCACCGUGAGCGAGUUCUGUUCGAACAAGAGAUGUACGUUGCCGGACACAACUUUACCAAUGAAGCGGGAUGGAAAGUGCGUGAGGUCUACUUCUGGAUCGGUGACGAAGUCGCGGAUGCAGAUGAGGAUGCAGCAGAGGCCGUGGCACAACAAGAGGCAAGGCAAUUGGGCGGUAAGCUCAUCAAGAUUAGACAAGGCAAGGAGACAUCAGAGUUUUUGCAAGCUCUUGGCGGUGUGGCUACUAUUCGAAGAGGUGGAAGCUCCAGAUACGACUCACUCGCUCCGGCCAUGCUCUGUGGUCGACGAUACCAGGGUCAAGUGGCAUUUGACGAGGUUGACAUGACUACCGCCAGCCUCUGUGCCGGAUUUGCCUAUCUGAUUGCUCACUCUGGCAAUUGCUAUCUGUGGAAAGGCAAGGGAAGCGAUGUAGACGAGCUCGGCUGCGCACGUCUCAUUGGUAUGGACUUGACAUUGACUGGGCAGCUGAUUGAAUAUGACGAGGGUAGCGAGCCUGAUUCUUUCUGGGACAUGUUGGAGGGCCCAUCCAAGCCUCACUCUGCGGAUCACUGGAGACUGAAGCCUAGUUAUGGGAAGUACAACAGCAGACUCUUUUGCUCCGACGCAGAGUCUAGACAACAGAUCUAUGAGAUCAGCCCAUUUAACCAGGCCGACAUGUCGACAUUCAACAUCUACGUCCUCGACGCCUUCUUUGAGAUGUACAUUAUUGUUGGCUCACAAGCGCAGUCCGAGUAUGCCUCCUUCCGCAAUGCUCUCGACUUUGCUCAGGAAUACGCUGUCUUGGCAGCAAGCAUGGAGGAUCGCCCCUUUAUUCCCAUCUCGACUGUCGUCCUUGAGGGCGUGCCCCGUGACUUGAAGCGGGUGUUCCGCAAGUGGACUGACGAGCGAUGCCCGACGCUCUUGCAGGUUCCUUCUGGCGAAUCAGGUCUGAAGAGAGGUCGCAGUCUCCGAGUUGUGCCUCUUACUCAGGCAAUUUUGGCUUUGAAGGAGUAAAAUAUCUUUCUUCUUUUUCUUUGGGGGCUGUGGAAGUGGUGAGAUUGUGUAUGUUGUUGCGUGUAUCUGGAAAGAAGAACAAGAAGAACACAUAUGGGAACCUUAUGGUCUUAUGGUAAUGUGUAGAAUUGAAAUAAAAGGGGGGAGAGACGGCGGCAAAUCGGGUUUGGCAGGAUUGUUGAUUCUUUUUAAGAGGCGUACGGGGAAAAGCGCAUGUAGAGGUAUUUAGAUAUUCAUGCUUUGGCAAGUUGAACGUUGAAUGUGGUAGAUGAAGAGGCACAAACAAGAAUAUUGUACUCGACGAUGUCAUCCUUGGUAACGAGGAUAGUUAUAGUAUAUAAAGAUUAAGAUAAAAGCACUCAUGAUGUAUACAUUCAGUAGAUACUGUGCAAACUCAUCUUUGAUAACGAGGAUGUAAUAUAUACAAAGAAGAAAUAAA